UUUUCCGCUUCUUCGCUCUCUCUCUCUCUCCCAGCGCAACAAUGGCUGCCUCUCAAGCACCACCUUGUUGGAGCGCAAUAGUGAAACAGAAGGAAACUCCGUGCGAGCAGAAUAAGAACAAUGAGCCUGACCGUACUGCAACCGAUCGAGUAUUCGUCGAGAGCUGCAAAUCGUCUAAGGGAAUUGCGAUCGCCGUUGUUGAUGCUAACGCCAUUAUUCAAGGGGGAGACAAGCUCUCAUCCUUUUCCGACAAAUUUAUCUCCGUCCCGGAGGUCAUAAACGAGGUUCGAGACCCCACUUCUCGUCACCGCCUCAACUUUCUCCCCUUCACCGUCGAGACAAGGGAACCCUUGCCAGAAGCACUCAAGAAAGUGAUAAGCUUUGCGAAAGCGACUGGUGACUUGCAGACACUUUCAAAUGUUGAUAUAAAGCUCAUUGCUUUGACUUAUACAAUGGAAUUGCAAAUCCAUGGUGCUAAACAUCUAAGAGAUAGUCCUCCACCAAUUCAAACAGUGAAUGUCAAAAGGCUUCCUGAGGCAGACAUGCCUGGAUGGGGAUCCAAUGUUCCCAAUUCGGAAGAAUGGGAAGCUUUGGAACAUGAAGCUGAUAAUUCUACUGAUCCUAACUCAAAAAUCCUUCCUUUAAAAGAUUUGAACUUAAAUAUGAUUCUUGAUCAGCCUCAGCAUGACUUUGAUGAAAAAAAAGCUGGUCCUCAAGAAUCAGUUGACAGUUUUGUGAGGCCUAUAACAUAUUCUCCUAAAAAGAAAGAUAUUAAGACUGAAGGGAAGAUUGUGGCACAAGGAGUUGACGCAUCUCAAGGAGAGUGUGAUGAUAAUGGUGAUGAUUGGCUGCCAGCUGUCAGCCGAAGUACUCAUAGAAGGUUUCUUAGGAGAAAAGCUAGACGGGAAUUGUCUGACAAAGACAACCGCCACGAUUCAGUUGAGGGUAAAAGCGGUACAGUGGAGACAAUAAUCAAAGAAGAAGAUUUGUCUACAAUUUUGAACGACAUGAAGCUGGAAGAAGAAGAUGAAGUACUGGAAUCUAUAGAAGGAGAAGGAGAAGGAGAAGAGGAAGAAGAACAGGUUACUUGUUUUGAUGAUUCCAUGGAAGAAACAACUUCUGAUAUUAAUUCAAACCUUGAAGAAUAUGAGGCAUCAUUAGAACAGCCUGAGGAGAUAUUGAGCCAGACAAACGAAAGUGAGCAAAGCUGGAUGUUGAAAUCGUUGUCUGAAUCAAGUGUUGCUUGUAUAACUAGUGAUUUUGCAAUGCAAAAUGUUCUUCUCCAAAUGGGUUUACGACUUUUAGCACCUGGAGGAAUGCAGAUUCGCCAGCUUCAUAGGUGGAUAUUAAAAUGCCAUGCCUGUUUUAAGGUAACCACCCAAAUUGGUAAGAUUUUUUGCCCUAGCUGUGGUAACGGAGGUACUUUGAGAAAGGUAGCUGUUACAGUUGGAGAGAAUGGCAUUGUUCUUGCUGCCCGCAAACCACGUGUUUUCUUGCGUGGUACAAAGUUUUCACUGCUUUUACCCCAAGGGGGACGAGCCUCAAUUACCAAAAAUCCGGUUUUACGUGAAGAUCAACUUCCACACAAGAUCCUCUAUCCCAAGAAUAAAAAGAACAAACAGGAGGAUGACAUAUUUCUUGGGGAUGGAAUGUUUCUUCAUCACAAUGAUAAAAGAGCUCCACUGCAGCCACCUGUGAGGAAAGCUAUGGCAGUUUUUAGUGGGAAAAGGAAUCCAAAUGACAACCAUUACAACCGUACAAAGAAUCAUUAAAAGAUUCUUCAAUUAUCUUUGGGAGUGAACGAAGUUUGUAAGCAGUGAAAUUUUCACAUUUUCAACUUAUGAUUACAAUUAGAAUAAUAUGGAAGUUUUCUUGAAUUUUUUUGUUUGUGUUAUUUAACAAUUUUUAGAUUUUUCGAUUAAGUCUACAUUGAAGACUGGAUUCAAUCAAACCACUUAUUGUCAUGACUUGUGGUUUUGCUGAAAAUUUUGACAAAAUGAUGGCUGUUGAUUUUUAAA